AUGUCACUACCCUCCAAUGUUCAUAUCUCCUCGCACCCUUGCCUCCAGGCGAAGCUAUCACAGCUACGCUCGCAGAGCACCUCUCCCCGCGAGACGAGGGAUCUAGUCAAAGAGAUUGCCUCCAUUCUCGGCGUCGAGGCCUUUGCAAACGGACUAAAGCUCACUAAGACUGGAACGGACCGCACACCGCUAGGGGUCGAGUACGAGACUCAGGGCAUCGACCCAGCCGACCUAGCACUGGUACCCAUUCUCCGUUCAGGAUUAGGCAUGGUCGAUUGUCAGUUUACCUCUACCUCUACCUCUACCGAGCUUCCACCCCAUCCCAUCUCUCCUUCCCUCCGCCGUGUGAAAAAGCUUACACUGUACCUCUACCUCACAGCAUUAAACGACCUCCUCCCCGCCGCAGUCCCAAUCUACCACCUCGGCCUCUUCCGCGAGAAGCUCACCCUUCAACCCGUAGAAUACUACAAUAACCUCCCGUUCCACCGAUCAGAGCUCUCCCCGGCAUCGCCCGCUUCUCUCGAUCCCACGACCAAUACGGCCGCUUCCACCCUUGCUGUCCUGUUAGAUCCUAUCAUUGCAACGGGUGCGACUGCAGAAGCGGCUAUUCAGUUGCUGCGGGAGUGGGGCGUUAAGAAGGUCAUUAUGUUGAGUGUGCUUGGCUCGGAGGAUGGGGUGAAACGGGCGGCGGAGGUGUGGAAGGAUGGUGUUGAGGUUUGGGUUGGUGCUGUUGACGAGAAGUGUAAUGAGAAGGGAAUGAUUGUGCCUGGUGUGGGGGAUAUUGGAGACCGACUGUUUGUGGCAAUUGGGAAAUAG